AUGGUGACCGACGCAUGGGGCUUCGUUGGGAAUUGCAACAGCAAAUCACAGUUUUUAACCUUCACAGCCAAUAGCUCAUUUCCAGUAAAUGCAAUGGAUAAAGCAAUUUUAAUUAUUUUCUUCUGGAGUCUUUGCAUUCUAGUGCAUUUGGAAGGACUGCCAAUCAGCAAGCGGUCCAUCAGUGAAGUCCAGCUGAUGCACAAUGUUGGAGAACACAAGCAAGCAGUGGAAAGACAGGACUGGCUUCAAGUAAAGCUGAAGACUGUAAUCAUACCCAGUAUCAAUGACUCACAGAAAGGACAAAAGGGGAAAACCAGGACUCUUUCUUCAAAUUUCCAAGCCUGGGGAAGUCCAGUCCUGAUCUCAAGUUAACACUGGGAACUCCUUCUGUUUUGUCUUUUUUUUUUUUUUUUAAAUAUAUGUUUUAAUACCACAGAGAUAAGGCAAAUUUUCUUGUCUCUGUGUCAAAUCUUUGUUGAUGAAGUGCACUAAUUUGCCAUUUAUUUUAUUUAUUGUUUUGUAGUAAUUUAUUGAACUAUUUCAGUGACAUUCAUUCACCUUUGAAAACGUUUGCCUAGUUGUAAAAAUGAGUCCAUAUAGAAAGAGGACAAGGACAAGGAAGGGCGCUGCUUCUUCUGUAUGCCUUUUAUUAGAUUUAUUUUUAACAAGUAUUUUUUUUAUGUUAUUUUAUUAUGAAAUAUUAUGUUGAAGUAGCCCGAAUAAAACUGCUUGUAUUUUUUUUUUUUUUUUUACAAAAUAAUAAAAUAAACUUAAUAAUGGUAUCUAAAAUGUCUUGGACCAACAAAAUAUGUUCUUAUGAAUAUAUUUAAAGUAUUUUAAAAAGUCUGCAAUACAACAACAACAACAACAACAACAAAAGUUUUGCUUCACGAGAACACUGUAAAA